UGUAAACAAAAACAAACAAAAUUGGCAUCCAUAAUUAGAUCAUGUUAAUUUAUGUGGAAUAAUCGACCUUGCUGACCCCACAAACUAACGACAAUUGAUGAAAUGGAUAAUUAUACGUUUGAUGAAAAUGGAAUACCGACUUUAGUGGAUGAUCUAACAGAUUCAUGUCCUAACACACCUCAAAAUCAUGGCGACAGUCGCCAAUAUUCACAACGAAAAGCUUCAACGACAACUGAACCUGACAGGCGAAUCCAAAGCUUCACAUCGAGAGAAGACAUAACAGAUAUAUUUGAUAUCAAAGGCGAGGGCUUUGACUUUAAACUCUCUUAUUCCACACAGACUUUAACAUGGGCCCCUAUGAACCCCGGUGGAAGUCGAAGUCGAAGUCGAUCUCGAUCAGCAAAGAGUUUCAAAUCUUUGUUUAGAUCCAACUCUUCAUCUUCAAUUGCUAUAAAUAAAAACAGUUUAAACUUUCGCGACAUACUUGGUGUAAAGAUAAAACGCAGAAAGCGAGGUGGUCAGAAAGAUGGAGAAGGAUUCUGUCUAGGUAUCGGAAUUCUUACCUAUGAAUUUAAAACCCCAAAUGUGAUGAAAGAUCGCAUGAUUCAUCUGGAACACCCUAGUGAAGAGGUUUGUGAAAAAUGGGUAACAAAAAUUUCUGAAAUUUUGGAAACCUUUGAUGAAAGGCCACGUUCAGUUAAAUUAUUUCUGCAGCCAUUUGCUGGAGAGAGAGAUGGCUUGUCAAUGUUCCGACAGAAAAUUUUGCCGUUGUUUCGUACAGCAGAUUGUAAUGUUGAUAUGGCAGAAAUACAGCAUAAUGAACAGGUUAAACAAGACUUAAUCCAUAUCAAUUUACUAGAUUUUGAUUGCUUAGUUUGUAUGGGUGGAGAUGGAACUGUAAAUAAAGUUGUCAAUGGACUAUUAAAUCAGUCAAAUAAAGAUUACGGUAUUGAAAUGAAGCGAACAGUUAAUCCUGUUCCAGCCACCAUUGCUCUUGGAAUUAUACCAACUGGUAAAACCAAUCAUAUAGCUCAAUCCAUCAUGGGAACCGAUGAACCAGUGACAGCAGUUUUACAUGUUCUAUUUGGAAAUCGAACCAAAGUAGAUGUGUGUUCUAUUUAUCGUGAUGAAAAAUUUCAACGUUGGGCAUUUAACAGUCAGUAUGGUUUUGCAGGAAAUGUUUUAACUUUUAUGAAACGAUAUAGUGCUCUGGGUACGAAAUGUGUGGAAGCAGCAUUUCUUAAAGCUUUAACAAAAUCUAAAUUACGUACGUACGAAUGUGACAUUGAAUAUAUACCAGGAGGGGAGACAGUCGCGCCUGUGUUUUGUACGAGAUGUGUGACUUACUGUAAAGUUUGUAGUGCGGAGAGCAACAGUGUUCACAAUGAUCUUGUGGAAGAACUUGACCCUAUGGCACAGUCUGGAUCAACCAGUUCUUUAAUUGACUUGGGCAAUACUUCAAAUCCGUGGAAAACACUUAAAGGUGAUUUUCUAAAUGUUGGAUUAUUCACAAUAUCUGGGGUGUGUGAUUUUGCUCCACAAGGUUUGAGUAAGUAUACACAUUUAAAUGAUGGUUGUAUGGAUUUAUCUGUUGUUAAAAACGUUGACAGAAAAGAUUUUAUUAGAUUUCUUCGUCGUCAUGGAAAUUCUAAAAACCAAUUUGAUUUUCCAUUUGUUGAGACAUUUCGUGUGAAAGAAGUUCGAUUCCGCCCAAGGUUUCCAAGUAGCUGGAAUUAUAAGGAUCACGAUUUUAAUGAGAUUGACUAUGAGAUGUCAAAGGUCAAUAGAAAUCAAAUUAACAAUCGUUCAAAGUCAAUGCAGGUUAUAACGGAUCUGGACAGUGAAGACAGGUCGUCUGUGACUUCAAUGAGUUGGGGAGGAAAUGGACGUCGAGCCGAGAGUGCAAUGACACUGCAAGCUUUAUCAAUUGAUUCCGAUAUGGAAGAAUCCGAUCCCCAUGAAUCUGACGGUCGAUCAAAUUACAACAUGCAAUCACAAUCCAACCUGGCUGGACCACAAUACCGCAUGACAUUUUAUGAUAAAGAACGACAGAAGCGGAAGAAACAUCAACGCAAGAAGGAAGAAAAACGUAAAUUUCGUGAAGAGAGAAAAAUGCGAUCUGUAUGGAGUGUUGAUAAUGAGAUUUGUACUGAUUUAGAAUUAGAUUUUAAAGUGCAUCAUGGAUUGUUAAUAGUUUGCGGUUCUGGUCUGAAUCCUAGUACGCCAGCACAGGAGGUGAAGUUUGGAUGCUUACCAGGAUUAUAAGUUGAUUUGUGAUGAAGUGAACAUACAACCAUAAUAUUAAUAUACUGUUGUCAAUUUUUUGUUAUCCCCCACCGAUUGUUUUAUCUGGAUGUUGCCUUAACCAAAAACAGAGUUUAUUGUCUGCGCAAUAGAUUUGACUGUUCGAAAUCCUAACAUCCCUUAAUCCUAUUUCACAUAUUUCAAAUGUUACGGUAUAUGUACUUAUAUUAAGAAAAAAUGAAAUUUCAUUUUAAAUUCAUAUAUAUUUUUUCAUUAUUUUAUUAGAAUUUUUCCAAAGAAAAAAACAUUUUUUUUACCCAUGAAAUGGCUGGGCAUUUAUAUUACCUAUUGGUAAAGAGCUUUUAUUACAGGACAGAUUGUUUUUUAUACUGAGAUUUAUUUUGAAUAAGUUAAAACUAUAUUUUUAUGCUGUGCCAUUAAAGUUUGAUGUUAUCGGAAUGUAGUAUCAGUAGAAAAGUAUUCAGCCCAAUAUUUUUUUUACAUAAAUAUAAAUUUCUAAUUCAAAUACUGAAAGCCAAUAAUAAUGGACACAUCAUAUUUUAAAUAAACUUAUAAUAUAUUAUGGCAAUUUAUUUACAUUUUAUAUGAAUUAAACAGUAUUUUUAAUGAUGUUGUGUAGGAUGUUUUUCUGUAUUGUUAGGCAUACAGUAUUGAAUAGAGAGAUGGACAUCAAAACAAAUUUAUUUAAAUAUAUUCUUUUAAUUUCAUGUUGUUAAGUUUUUAUCUGGUUAUUAUUAAGUUUUUACGGUUUUUUUUAUGACCAAAAUUUUACUGAGCGUGCUGUAAGAAAAAGGUAACAAUUGGUCCGUUUCUUGUUAGCACAAUAUAGGCUACAAUAAUUCCUCAUAUAAUGAAUAAUAUAUCUUUUUUCAAAUUGGUGUGGAUCGUCUACCUAAUUGAAAUGAAGAGACCUAUUGAUUUUCAACAUUUUCGAUAAUCACCCCAAAAUUUGUGCUUUUUUUGUUAUGCAAUCUUGUUAGCAUUUGUCUAUUCUGUUGAAAGGAAGAACUCUUUUGAUUUUUAACAAUAACUUCUAGAGAUAUUCCCCUUUGAUCAGCACCCUAGAGACUUAAAAUUAAGGUCCAAACUUUGUGAAAUUAUUAUAAGUUCAUUAGCUGAUAAUAUAAACUAAUUUAAUUAUUUUGCUGCUGAUAUGUGUAACCUAUGUGUAAUAUCAUCCAAGAUAUGAUUGUUUAAAGUUUGUAUAACAUAUAUAAGGAACCAAGAUAAGAUUGUUUAAACUUUGUGUAACAUAAGUAUAAGGAACCAAAAUAAGCUUGUUUCAAGUUUGUAUAACAUAAGAAACCAAGAUAAGAUUUUUUCAAGUUUGUGUAACAUAAGGGAAAGAUAAAGUAAUUCAAAGUUUUCCUCCUUGUUGGUGUAUACAAACUUAUGUUGUCAUCAUACAGUAAAGAUUAAUUUGUAACGGGUCCUAGAAACUAAAAUUAUACUAGCCACAAGCAUUUAAUAUUUUAAUUUGAUUUAUACUGCUGAUCAUCAUUUUAGAACUGCUGAAUCGUGAAUAGCUGAAAAAAACUAUUAGCAGUAGCUUACAAUUUUUUUAUAAAUAAUAUUUAUAUUAAGUAUCUGGUGUGACUAACUUUGUUAGUUGUUAUUUUACUCAACUUACCAGUAUUUGUUUCAGAAAUGAUUGAAUCUAUUUGUGAUACCUGCAGUCACUGUUUGUGUUAUAUUGUUAUAGCUCUCCCAUCCUCUAUCUACUGAUAUCCUGCUCUGUGUGCUUUGUUUGUGCAAUAAUACAUGCUUGUCUAAAAUUGGUUUGUGUAUAAAGUGACUAAACUAGUAUUAAAAAUAUUUAUCCAAAUUUAAUUUCACAUGUAAUUUAUUCUUAAAACAACUUCUGGAAAAAUUUGGCGUAAUAGACAAAGCAUUUAAGACCAAAAAGAAUUUCUAGAGUGAUUUUAUGUCUGUCAGUGUCAUCAAUAUUGUGGUCAGUUUGAUCAUAUUGUCAGUGAUUAGAAAUGAAAUGGUGUUUAACGUCCUAUUUUUCUGCACACCAAUGUGGACACAGGCCUUGGUUUUGCAUCCCAACUGAACGACUAGACACCGUUCUGCACCGACAAAGGGAAACCACACCGGAAAAUCCUGAAGAUCUUUCUUUUCCAACACCAGGAGUGAACCAGAGACCUGGUUAUAAACCAGCCACUGUGCCUGUCAAGGAUUAGGGUGUCUGUCUAACCUCUUAUGAUUGUAUAUUAUAAUAUAAUGAAAAUGAAAAGUAUGGUCUGAAAAACAUAUUAUGAUUGUAUAUGAAAAUGAAAAGUAUGGUCUAUCUAACCUCUUACGAUUGUAUAUGGCAAGGGUAUAUGCAAGCUUAAUAAUGAAAAAACAAGAAUUAAUUAUGUCACUGUAUUAGAACAUACAGUACAUGAGCAGACUGUUUUGUAUUGGAGCCACGGUGGGUAGGUGGGUAGGAUGUUGGCCCCCGAAAGUUCAUCGGGAUUUUCUGGGGUGGUUCCCCCUUGUCAGUGGUGUAGGAUGUAGGGCCGCAAUCCAUCGGCUAUGUUUGGUAUUGGUACGACGUUAUUAAGUCUCCUCUGAAUUUCAUCCCCAAAAUGUUCAAUCGGGUUUAAGUCCCGGACUAAGGGCUGGCCGGUGCAUAAUGUUGACACCGUUCUGCUGUAGAAAGUCCUGAGUAACUCUGACUGUGUGGGCACGUGCGUUGUCAUGCUGGAAAACGUUGUUUCGAUGACGUGCGAAAUGUGGUAUGACGCAGGGUCUGAGAGCUUGGUCGAUGUAGCACACUGCUGUGAUGCUGCCUCCUCUCCCUGGACCAAGAUUUUGGAACACCACAGGACCCACUCUCUGGUUCAGGCCAAUUCCAACCCAAACUAGGUUAGUUCAGUAAUGAUAAUAUUAAUAAUGUCAAUUUGUAAUGUGCUAGAAUCCACAAAGUUUGGUAAAAGUAAUAC